UUGAUUGUAAAGAUUGGGCAUACUCUAUAAUUAUAAUAUAUAAAUUUGUUGUAAACUAACUUGACAUACAUUUUUAAUAAUUUUAAAGAAAGGUUAUACUAUACAAAAAUUAUGUAGUUACUUUCAAUAAUGUACCCUAAUUGAUGAAUUAUUAUUUUAAGAAAUAAAAUACGAGUAAAUAAAUAACUUGCUAUCAUGAAUUAAAGUCUUGAUACGUCUAAACUUAAUCAUCUAUAACUACAACAUUAUAAUAAAUCCCACAAUUUUCAUUAUAUUUACAAGUGAACACAACUCCCAAAAUGACAUUAAAAAAAAAUUAAAAAAAAAUUCAAACCAUCCCCUUUUCAAUCCCCCCCUCCACACAUUUAUUUCCAAAAACUUUUAUUGCAUCCUUUUGUCACUUUAAUAUUAAUAACUAUACCAUUUAUUUCAUACUUUUUCCCUUUUGCUCCCUAUUGUGCUACCCCUUUUUCUCAUCUAUUUAUAGCCCUCAUCUUGUCUAUCCCUUCCCAGGCCAACACCUCACCAAUAGGGCAAAUUUAAAGACAUCAAUAUUUUUCAAAGCCACAAAAAAAAAAAAAAAUAAAUAAAUAAAUAAAUAAAAUAAAAUGUCACCAGCAGCCUCAACAAGAUGGUGUCCAACACCAGAACAAGUGAUGAUAUUAGAGGAAAUGUAUAGAGGUGGUGUAAGAACUCCAAAUGCAUCUCAAAUACAACAAAUUACUGCCCAUCUUUCUCUUUAUGGUAAAAUUGAAGGUAAAAAUGUUUUCUAUUGGUUUCAAAAUCAUAAGGCAAGAGAUAGACAAAAACUUAGGAAAAAACUUCUUGAUAAACAACUUCAACAACAGCAACACCACUUUAUGUUUUCUCAUCAUCAUGUUUUUCCUUCUUUUGAUCAUCAUCAACAUUUUCAACAUCAUCAUAGUAAUUUACUCCAUCAUCUUCAAUUUGAUCAACCACCUCUACCACCUCCACCACCACCACCACUACCUUGUUGCGGUCCGACAUCGUCUUCCCUUGGGUUAUUCCAUCAUCAGCUCCCUCCGGUCAACUCACCUUGCUUUGGUGCUCAUCAUCAUCAGACACGAGUAGAAGAUGUAGUAGUCCCACGGAUGGAAAAUACAUACACAACUUGGAAUACGGAGAAUUCGGAUAAUGCAAAGUAUGGAAGGGAAAAUACAAAGCAGAUAAUGAAGCCAAUGAUAACAAAUCAAGAUCAUGAUGAUUGGAUGAUGACGAAAUCAGGAGAUUAUAAUAAUCAUGGUAAUCAUGACCAUGAUGAUGAUGAGCAUUCCUCUAGAAGACCCCUCAAAACCUUGGAGCUCUUUCCUAUCAAAGACAAGUCCUCUCUCAAUGACAAUCUUUCUUUUGUAUGAUUUUCUUAAAAUUAUUAAGACUUACGAACAUACUCCGAUGUAUUAGUCCAAAAUUAAUGAUCGCGCUGAAUAAUAUAUUUUAAACUGUUGAUGUGACAACUAAUUUCAUAUUACGCUAGUGGUGACUUUUUAAAAAUUUUACUACAGUCUCUUUCCUAUAUUUGUAUGUAUGUACUCACAUGACAUGUGCAUGCAUGCAUGC